AUGAAUACGAAAAUACGCAUUUUUCUCAAUAUCGCGUUGACUUUCCUUUUCACUUUCACUGUUUUCGGAGGUAAUUCGGAAUAACCGACAUUCUCUCAACUUCAUUCCAGUCAAAAGUCCCAGCAAGUCAAGGAACAUAUCUUCAAAACUCACCAAUAGCGAUUUGUAAGGGGGCCAUAGUUAGAGGAUGAUCGCAAAUCGUUUUUGAAAUUAUUCAGCUAUUAUGACAAGGACCGCUACAUGAACAGCGAGCAGUGGCAAUGCGGAACCACGUGGAAUCUGGGCCUUGCUCGUGUCGCUUCAGAAAGUUUCUGCUGGGACAAAGCGAGUCAGUAAGCUCGCUCUACUGAAAGUCGAAAUUGCGAACCUUUUCAGCUUUAUACAAUAUGUGUUGUGCUGUGCACGAUGAUUGUUACAAGUUGCAUAGGGACAAGGACAACUGUGACAAGCACUUCUGUAAAUGUCUGGAUGUGAGGGAAAGAGAACGGAUUAGGAUGGAAUUGAGCAUUUGCAGGAUGCAACUCAAUGGAAAGUUUCUGUCUGUUUCGACGCUUUGAAGAAUUUCGCUUGUAUGAUAGUCGUCAACUAUGGACACAAAGCUUAUGAGGAGACGUGUAAGUUUUGAGGAAAGAUGAGCGAAGAAUCAGAAAGUUCAGGGGAGCCGGAAAACAACAUCCAGUACACCCCGGCGCUCAAUCAGACUGCUAAGAAAUACUAUAUGAAAUUGUACACGGCGUGCCCUGACAUAGAAAGUUCGUCUGCAAAGAGUUACCAUAAAUGCAGUGGAUCCGAUUUCAGAGACCCUUUCGAACUGUGCCUACAAUCACCUGAUCUGUCACUUGCAAAUGCUUCCCGAUCGAUACCCGCACACCUACGAAGACUGCGUCGACCAAGUGAUUGAAUGUCUCGAUCAGUCCAGUCUCAUUCUCGUCGACAACUUUGGAUCGUGCCGAGCGGCAGUUGAGGGAGCGAUGAGAGCCAUUUCACUCGGUUAAUCAUUUCUAGAAAAAAGUGAAUCACACGUUUGUUUCAGAUGCGGAACACUCUGGAUUCAAAGUGUUACGCGAAGCAAAGGGACCAAGCAAGGUGAGCUUUUUUAAAUGUUACUGGCGGGAAAACGGAGUUUAAAAAUGUUCAGUGGUACGCUCCGAAAGUGAUUCCAAUCCACAUCCAAGAUUAA